AUGAAACCUUUUAGGUUGAUGCUUACAGACCAUUUGGUCAUUCUGUAUAAAUUGCAUGAAAGAAUGGAUCUAUAUGAGCCAAGGAAAGCCACACGAGAUGAGCUUCUCGAAUUCCACUCGGAAGACUACGUGGAAUUUUUGCAGACCAUUACCCCAGAGCUCACCGCUAAACUAGGCGAGGAGAAACUUGCCAAAUUCAAUAUUGGUGACGAUUGUCCUAUAUUCGAUGGAAUGUACGACUACCUGGGGAUGUACGCUGGUGCCUCCCUUGAUGCUCUGAGAAAGCUCAUAAGCGGUAUGAGUGACAUCGCUAUAAAUUGGUCUGGAGGACUACACCACGCCAAAAAAUUUGAGCCAAGUGGGUUUUGCUACAUUAACGAUAUUGUGCUUGCUAUUCUUAAUCUACUACGUGUCCACCCUCGUGUGAUGUAUAUUGAUAUUGAUCUCCAUCACGGUGAUGGAGUUCAAGAGGCUUUCAACACUACUGACAGAGUGAUGACAGUAUCUUUUCAUAAAUUUAAUGGUGAAUUCUUCCCAGGUACUGGUGCAAUCGACGAAAGAGGCAUUGGAAAAGGAAAGAAUUACUCUGUCAAUGUGCCCUUAAAAGAUGGUAUCGAUGACCACUCCUACAUUCAUUUAUUCAAACUGAUCAUGGAACCGCUAAUAACAAAAUUCCAACCCACGGUGAUUGUUCAGCAGUGUGGCGCUGAUUCGCUCGGUUACGACAGAUUAGGAUGUUUCAACCUAAAUAUCCGUGCUCACGGUCAAUGCGUUAAUUUCAUCAAGUCAUUUGGCAUCCCAAUGCUAGUGGUUGGUGGAGGAGGUUAUACGCCGCGUAAUGUUUCUAGACUUUGGUGCUACGAAACAUCGGUGUUGAACGAUGUUCAACUCGACUCCAAAAUUCCACUGAAAAUCCCAACUUAUGAUUGGUUUGGGCCAGACUACUCGUUACAUCCACAGCUUGAUGGGCGGCUAGAUAAUAAAAACUCCAAGAAGUACUUGGAGUGUGUCAAAACCGAUAUCUUGGAGCAGUUACGUUACCUUAAUUAUGCCCCAUCGGUUCAGAUGCAAGAGAUCCCACCAGAUAUCACUGGUCUCACAGAAGAGGAGGAGGAAAUAAUCAGAGAACUUAAUGAGGACAAGGAUGACGAGAAGACAAGAAAGGCACGCGAUAUGAAGGAUGAAGCUCGACUGGGCGAGGUUAUGGCAAGUUAG